AGACAGGCGCGCAGGCUACCGCACAACACCCCCCACCUCGCCUGUCGGGAUUACUUUCAGAGCACAGGCUCACGCUGAUCGUUGAGUGCAUGGCUUGCUCCAGAAAAAGGAUUUCGCUGUUAUUGGAGGCCUUAUUGCUCUGCUAGGAUGGCACUAAAGGCGAGGCGGGGGGAUGCGCCCUAGCUAUUAGCUAGAAAGCUUUGGCAUUAUCAUUAGUCUGGAGGACGGGUUCGGCGUGUCUAGAAGGAUGCUGGGGCGGGGGGAAGACAGGGCAGGUGAGGCACCAGCCGGGCUUGACUCUCCAUGGGAAGCUGCUGUCUGAUGACGAGGGUGGGGGUCUGUCUCUCUGGCUGGGAGAGGAACGGAGGUGUCUGCGCAUGCUUGGCUCGAGCUAGCGUCCCCCGGGCAGGCUGGGCUCGGUGCUGAUGCUGCCGGGGGAGCGUGUGUAGCGGGGAGGCUGCCCAGCUCCACGGCGCUAGGAUGCACCUGGCCCGCGGGAGGGGCGGAGAGAAACGCGCCUCCAGCCGGCUCAUCCCAGGCCAGGGGCGCGCCCCGCCCAGCCGCCGCUGCUCCAGACCCUGCCGGAUCCGAGCGCUGGGGCGGUCUGGGCGGAUCUGAUUUGGGGAGGGGUGGGACCCAGCUGCCUUCCCCCGGCCCUGACUGUUGCAUUGCGUGCGCCAAGCCGGUCCCUCAGGCACUCCGCACCGGGUGCCGUGCGCGGAGCCUGCAUCUCCAUGGUGCGCUGCUCUUAGCAACAACCGCUGGCCGGGAGGAGGAGGAAGGGUUGCAACCGACCCCGGCAGGGAGCAGGCUGCCCAGCGCCUCCUGAGUGGAGCUGUCCAGGAUUUCGCUCGGUGGGGGGCUGAGGGGUAUCGAUCCGGCUGCCGGGAGACCUGUCCGUGGUGCUGACGCCAGCCCCUUUGGGGUUCAAGCCAGCUUCUUGCAUGGACUUCUUCCCACAAGAAAAUGGCAUCUUAAACUCACACUGAGCUCCCUGCUCCCACAACUCCCUCCCCCGUGUCCCUAGCUUGAUCCCCGCAGACCGAUCACAGCAGAUAAGCACGGAUCCGCUGGCACCCUGUUGCACCUGGGCACGGCGUGGCGUGGGGAGAAGGAUCCUUUUUGGAAAGAGCCUUUAUCCAGCCUGAGAAGCAUCCCCACUAGGAAGCAUGGCUGCUCUCGCCACGGGUUUCUGUCUCUCUUCAGUCCUGUUGGUUAUAUGGGUUGGCGUCUGUUCUCCAGUCUGUGUGGAAGUCCCAUCAGAGACGGAGGCUGUCCAAGGAAGUCACAUGAAGCUGCUCUGUAUCUCCUGCAUGAAGAGAGAAGAGGUUUCUGCAAGCACCGUGGUGGAAUGGUUCUACAAGACUGAAGCGGGGAAAGAUGAGCUGAUCUGUGAAUACAGAAAAGUAUACCAUGAAUUUCCAAGCCGCUUCAGUGGCCGGCUACAGUGGAACGGGAGCAAAGACAUGCAGGACGUGUCCAUCACUGUAUUAAAUGUGACCUUGAAUGAUUCGGGGAUCUACACCUGUAACGUCACCCGGGAGUUUGACUUUGAGAUUCAUCGCCCACUCUUCACAAGCUCCAGAUUGAUCCAUCUCACUGUGGUAGAGGAGGCUGGAGAAGAUUUCACAUCUGUCAUCUCUGAAAUUAUGAUGUAUAUUCUCCUGGUUUUCCUCACCUUGUGGCUGCUGAUAGAAAUGGUCUAUUGCUACAGGAAGGUCUCCAAAGCAGAGGAGACUGUACAGGAAAAUGCGACUGACUACCUUGCCAUUCCGUCGGAAAACAAGGAAAACUGUGCUGUGCCCGUGGAGGAGUAGCCAAGAGUAGAUGGGCCAUGACCUGCAAUAAGGAACUCUGAAGUUGGAAGGACCAAGUCACUCCAGCCAGGUUUGGGAAAACUCUACAGCACCAGGAGGAAAUAAGGGAAAGUGUAAAUUCUCUUCCACUUGCCUUGGACAUUGCACAGCCUUGACUUCAGCGUCAUGACUCCAUUUGCUAAAGGAUUCUCCUUUGAAGCAUGCUGAGGAAAAGGGGUUGGGGUGCGGGUGGCACUGCUCCUUCCUAAGUUUUGCCCCCACUCUCAUCCAGUGGCCUUGUAAAUACUAGUAUCAUUUAUUACCCUCACCAUAUUCCUUUGCAAAAUAUGCUAAUUCGACACUGCAGCAUUGAGGGGUCUGUCACAUUACCCUGACACACAUGGCCAUCAGCAAGGUCAUUUUAGCAUUGUGCUCACCCUUUUGAUAAAGCCUGAACAGUCGCUUUAAUUAUUAAAAAUAUCAUCAUCCUGCUCCACCCCAAUGCUUGCUAUUUACCAUUCAAAUGCUUGCUCUCCAUGCUGCCCUGGACUGUAGGCUGCUGUUGCAAACAUAGGACAAGGAUAUGGAGAAGUAGAAGGUUCAUAGCAGCUUAGAGCUGCAAGAAAAUGUACAUUAGCACUCAGCAUGCAGAGAAUUAGUGGGCUGCAAAUCUACAUGCACUAGCUUGCCAUGCACACCCUGCUGCAUACAAGUUCCAUAGUGUGCUUUGACCUGCUGCAGAACAUUUAGCACAGCAGGUUUCACACAGCCAGUUAGCCAGCGGCAAGCUAAUGGGAUGUAGGUUUACGGCCCAGCUUGCCGCACACUGAUCCUGAAUAGCCAUGCCCUCAGGCUGUACCACUGCCACCUUGGGAUUCCCUGCUAUAAACGGCAACGAUUCCAAGAAGUGAUGUGUGUUUCAUUUGGCAACUAUUUGUCAGAGUUCUAGCUGUCUCUAUUAGCCUUGCUCUGUUAACUUACACAGUAGAUAGUGUUUGCUUAUCAUGGAAAUAACCUCUAUCAACUAGUGUCUUGCAACAACCACAGGAGAGCAUCCCUGGGAGACGGAUAGUCCCUGAAAUUAGCGAAGUGUCCUCAAACAGAAGAGAGUUAAAGGUUGGAGCUCCUGAAGGGGGAGAGAGAGUCUGGUUUAGGUAAGCAAGCGAAUGAAAUGGACUGCUUAUUCCCAAAUGGGAAAAUGAUGAGGCAGCUUUGGAAUUUGUGAAGCUUUUUAUAACUCAUUGAAAGUCCUAGUGGGACAGUUGCACCACCUAGAGUCAAACAGUGGUUAUUUUCUCCCAUAGCCCUUAAUGUAUUAUUUCUUGUGAUAAUUAUUCUCCAUGCUGAAUACUUGGUGUUAGUCUGAUGUGACCUAUUAUUGCAGAGCAGUUCUCAUGUAAAUUAAGUUUCACUUUACACAGUAUAUACAUAGCUGCAGAUACAGUAGCAAGGUGGGGGGGUUGGCUUUGUUAUAUGUAAAACAUUUAAGCAUAGUGAUGGUGGCUUCUCAUUCAGAGAAGCAUUAGUCUUAGAAUCUGAGAUUAUGGGGGAAAGCAUUUGUCUGUAUGUAGAAGUGGCACAUGAGGGUGAGAUGCUGCUGAAUGCCAUUUGUCAGGAAAGGGGAGUUUUUGCUCCUAGCAGAUAAUGUGAUAUCCCCUGCUGCAAUGACUGCUUUACAGCUUGGAAGAGUUAAGAUGAAUCUGCCACACUGUUUGCUCCUAAAUAAAUAGAUAACGCCCUCACUGAGUCAGGCAUGCUUUCUGCAUAGGGACUUCCUCUGCUUUGUUAUGCAUAAAUUGCUCUGAUGUGAUUUAAAGUUAGACAGGCCCAAACCAGAAUUCUAGGUGAUGUCUAUUAGAGACCCAACUAGGAUCAGGAGCUGCAGAAUGCCCUGAUUUUUGUAAAUCUAAAACCCAGUUCCAAACAAACCUGACACACGGUGUCUGAAACCAGAUCCCAGGUUUACAGCCUGAGCCCAUCUGUAGAUUAAGCAUGCUCCAUUGGCAAUGCCUUAGACUUGGCAUCUUAGAACCCAGUGUUUAAAAUGGAGGAAGAACCCUCCCUUACUUAAAAAGAACAGGAGUACUUGUGGCACCUUAGAGAUUAACAAAUUUAUUAGAGCAUAAGCUUUCGUGGACUACAGCCCACUUCUUCGGAUGAAGUCUUCAUUUUUCCUAGGCCAGUGUAUUCAGCCUGAAAUGCUAUGGGAGGAAUAUUAACCCUCAAUCAAUAACAUCCCCACCCCUUUCUGAUUUUCUAAACUAACCAGAUGCUUUUUUGUGUCUUUCAUCUUCCACUAACCCUGUAAUUUAUGAAGUGCUCCUAUAGAUAGACACUACUACCCUCUCAAAUAUUUUUAGGUAGGGGGAACCUAUUUGUUGGGAAAGCUGUCUUAGGACUCCCUAUCUUUUGAUUGAAAAAGGGGGAGUGAGAUGGCAUUGCCCCAAGGCACUGUUAAAGAUAAUGUGUCUUCUGGGAAGAUCAUCCCCCACUGGCAUCAGGAAAGACCCCUCUCUGUGUAUAUGGAAAUAACAAGAGAGACUUAGAAUUAGGUAGGACAAUAAAAAUAAAAAUGAAGCAC